AUGGAAGAUGAGUUUAAAAUGUACCUUGAAGGUUCGAGCACUGUUGUAAAAGCACUGAACCCAAGCAAGGGAACUUUAGCGAUGUCCACAUCUAACUGUAGAUUCUAUGAAAACAAGUACCCAGAAGUUGAAGAUGUUGUAAUGGUCAAUGUUCAGCAGAUUGCUGAAAUGGGUGCAUAUGUGAAAUUGUUAGAAUAUGACAAUAUUGAAGGUAUGGUCCUGUUAUCGGAGUUGUCUCGUAGACGUAUUAGAUCUAUUCAGAAGUUGAUCCGUGUUGGUAAGAAUGAGGUUGUGGUUGUGCUUCGUGUGGAUAAAGAGAAAGGAUACAUUGAUUUAUCAAAAAGACGUGUGUCUAACGAAGAUAUGAUCAAGUGUGAGGAAAGGUAUCAGAAAUCUAAAGCUGUACACUCCAUUUUAAGACAAUGUGCAGAGAAAUUCCAAUUCUCAUUGGAAGAAUUGUAUAAGACCGUUGCAUGGCCAUUAAGUCGAAAGUACGGUCAUGCUUAUGACGCUUUCAAGCUCUCAAUUGUCGAUGAAACUGUCUGGGAAGGCAUUGAACCCCCAUCUUCAGAGAUCUUCGAUGAAUUGAAGCAAUACAUCAGUAGGAGACUCACUCCACAGGCAAUUAAAAUUAGAGCUGACGUCGAAGUUUCUUGUUUUAGCUAUGAGGGUAUCGAAGCUAUCAAGGAAGCAUUAAAGGCCGCAGAGGAUACAUCUACUGAACAGAUGCAGAUUAAAGUUAAACUAGUUGCUGCCCCAUUGUACGUUAUUACAACCCAAGCUUUGGACAAAAAUCAAGGUAUUGAGUCCCUGCAGCAUGCAAUCUCUAAAAUUGAAGAGGUUAUCUCCAAGUACCAAGGUGUUUGCAAUGUUACAAUGCCUCCAAAGGCGGUCACUGCAACUGAAGACGCUGAGUUGCAAGCACUCUUGGAAAGUAAGGAAUUAGAAAAUAGGUCUGACAGUGAAGAGGAAGACUCUGAUUACGAAUAA